AUGGGGAACAUGGAUGGGGACAUGAACUGGGACGGCAUCAAUGCCACCACCUGCGUGUCCCCAGCUGUGUCCCCAGCUGUCCCCCUGAGCCACAUGGACUCGGUGCUCGCCAUCCUGGACACCCUCGAGUCCCUGCCUGAGGCGACUCCUCUGACACCAACAAGCCUUGGGGAGGGGCUGGGGGUCUGCAGCACCCUGGAGUGCUGAGCGGUGCUGGGUGAGUCCCCUGGGACCCCCACGCCCCCGGCUCUCACUGCGGGCCAGUGGCAGCUCCUGACCGAGCUCCUGUGCCACGACCCAGCCACACCGGAGCUGGGGGCGGUGCUGGCCCCCGACGGCUCCACGGUGGCCCUUGGUCCCCUUCUGGCCGACAUCAAGGCAGGGCUGACAUCCUGCAGGUUUGGGCGACCCCUCCCCACCCUUGACCCGCUCUCCACCCCCCUCCUGGCUGUCACCAUUGCCGAGGAUUUGGGGACAUCCUUCCUGCUGGCACAGGGGGGUGACAACAACGCCACCGUGCUGGGACCCAGCAGCUGCUGGGAUGACGUGACCAACCCCCAAAAUUACAUCUUGAGAGGUCCCCUUCCUGUGGCCAUCAAGGCCAUGGAUGGGGUGGUCCUGGGGGCGCAGCUGGCCCAGGGAUCUCUCCCAGUGGCUGAGCUGCUUCUGGGCUAUUACAGUACCAGGAAUGGCUCGGAAGUGGGGACACUCCUCAGCAGUUACUGGUGCUGGGACUUUGGGGCACUGAUGGGAUAGGGACAGCUGGAGAAGGAGGUUGCAGCAGUUUUGGGGGUGCUGAGGAUGCUGUUGCAGACCCCAGAGCUCCUGAGGGAUGUGGGGGCACAGGAGGUGACAGCCGUAGCUCAUUGGACAUGGGAGUCCAGCGAGCACUGUGUGGCUGAGGGCAGGGUGGUACCUCCUGAAUGGGAGUGUCACCCCUAA